CGGAUAAUUUUGGAUUUAGACCUGGCCUGACUCUGGAACGCAGAAUUCCAAAUUUGUUAAGACCGGAGACUGGACCUGAAUCUUUUGGACCGGUCCAGACCAGUCUGUUCCAAUCCGGUUCAGAUUUAAAUUUUGGUUUGGACGUGUUAAUGCACAACCCUAACGACAUAUCUCACUUGAUAUAUGGAGGUGUCGUGUGGAACUGAGAAAAAAUAAAGAAAAGAUUUGAAAGAGAAAAAAGUGGGUGCCUACCUUUGUGGUGUUGGUGUGACCAUUGGAGAAAGAAAAAUGGGUAUAGUUGGCUACCUUCUUUUACUUCAUCAUUGGCAUGAGGGUCCAAGAAGAGAGAGGAGAGAGAGAGGGGUGCUGAUAAGUCGAUUUUUGCAAAAAUACCAAAAUGCAAUUCAAGUUUGGAAAGAAGAUAUUAAUUUUGGGCCGAAGCCCAAACCCAUCAACAAAAAAGAAUUAGCCCAGCAUUAUCUCCUCCUCCCUCUUUAGCUUCACGCAAAGAAGAAAAAGAGAACGCGGCGGCUCUCCUCCUCGUCAAGACGCCAACGGAUCGAAGUAAACGCCAUCUUGCAACGUCUCUCCACAAAUCUCGCUCAUGGGCUCUAACGGUAAAAAUUUGAAGGCCCUUUGCUCCUCAUCUCCUAUAAAUUGAAGACGAAUUGCAACAAGACAAGGGGGGAAACAGAGGGGAGAAAAAGACGACAAACCGGCGACGGAAUCAGUUCCGGCGAGCGGUCGGCAGUAGCUCCGGGCAGAGGAUUGGACUGGAACAUCUUGGACAAUUGUUGAGCUCAAGAGAAUGUGAAACUGCAGUAUUACACCCUAAGCACCAAUAAUAAUAACAAUGAAGGUGCUGAUUAUCCAUUGUUAUAAAUUAAUAACCAGCUUAAAUUCACGAUGUGUGUGUUUCAACUAUAUAUAUAAAAAGAAAAGAAAAGAAAAUUUCCAAGAUGCAGAUUGAGGAAAUAAACACUUCAUAUUCUAUCUCAUUUAUAGGCAUAUAUAAUUAAUUAAUGUACAAACUCAAGAUUUGAACAAAGAAUAUUCUCGUAU